AUGACUAUUUCAAAAUUAGAUUUGUUUUCUUCUUAUUUCUACUUUAAUAUAAGAGGUUCAUCUAAUAGCAAAGGCACACUCUUUGGGUCUAUUUUAUCUUUAAUAAUUAUAACUAUUACAAUUUCAUAUUUAGGUUACCUCAUUUAGUAGUAUUUUACUAACUAAAUAGAGCCUAAUUACAGAUCUUAAAGCUUUACAAAUAGCGAUUCAAUAAGUAUGGAUUUAACUGAAGAUCUUAUAGCAUUUAGGUAUGAAACUGAGUUCAAUCUAAGUGUAGAUGUUUUAGAAGCUUUAUAGAAUAAGACGUAUGUAGUUUAUUAAGCUUAUUUUAAUUAUAUGAAUCAAGGACAAUAAAAUUUGAUUCCUUUGAAUGUGGUAUAAUGUUCAAGCCCUGAGUUAAAAGGAUAUUAAUGCUUAGACUAUUCAUCAAUAAAAAUGAGUCCAUCCUUGAUAUCUGAUAACAUUGACAAAAUUUUAACUUAAGUAUAUAUUUUACUUUAUGGGUGUCUUGAUUUAGAUUCUCUAAAAACAACUAUUCCAGAUAACUGCGCUAGCUAAUCAGAUAUUGAUAAUUUAAUGAAUUCUAUGUAUUCUGCAUUAAAAAUCUCUAUAAAAACUUCACAAUAUAAUACUAAAUCUUAAAGAUUAGAGUCAUCCUACAGAAACUCUUUAAUGUUUACCCUAUCAAAUUAAUACAUCUAAUCAAUUUUAAAGGUAUAAAAGCAAACAACUACUGUCAGGUAAGGCUUACUAAUUUAAUCUUCAACAAAUUUUACAUCUCCUCUAUAGUAUACAUCAGAAACUCAGUCACUAGAUAGGUAGUCUGCAAUUCAACUAGCUAAUAUAGCUUGUUAUGCUUAAGGAACCAUACAAGUAGAUGAGUUAUAUUAGGAAAUUUAUGUACAGUAUCCUACAAUUCCGACCAUUUUAUCUCUUGCAAACAGUAUAUUUUAAGUAUUAAUGCUAUUAGGAUUUGUAGCGAGAAGAUUUUCUAUGAGCUCUAUUAAUAAAGAACUAUUUGUAAUAUUACUGUAAAAUAAUUGCUAAGAAGAGUAGUAAUAAAUACAAAUUAAUAAUAAUUUAUUAUGUUAAAAUUAAACAGAUGAAUCUGAAAUAAAAAAUAUUGAUGAAAAAAAUAAUGAAGAUAAAACUUAGGAAAAAUAAAAUAACAUGAACCGUUCUCUCUUUUUAAGGUCAGUUAGAAUGUUGGACAUGUAAAAUUCAGCCAAUAAAAAAGUGAUGGUUGAUUAAGAUUUUAAGUAAGAUAAUAAACAUUCUGAACCCUCAAAGUUAUAUAAAACCUUGAAAAAAAUGCAACAAUAAAAUUAGAAUAUAAUUAAUGAUGAAGAAAGCAUGAAUAAAUCAAACAGUUAUUUUUAUAACUCGCAACAUAGAAUUAAAAAUGAAAAAAAUUUUAACAACAGCAGUUUUUUUUAUGAUCAUAAUUAAAUUUAAAACUCAACAAUUUUGUAACAAUUUCAAGAUUCAAAUCAUAAUUCAUUAUCUCCAAGCAAUAUUAAACUGAAAAACCAUAAUAUUACAUAAGAUAAUACAAUAUUUAAUAAAUGUUUAUCCUUUUAAAUGAAGUAAAAAAAUUUAAUGGAACAUUCUGAGAAAUAGUUGAUUUUAUAAAAAAGGUUAUGUCAAAGGCAAAAAUCUGAGAAUGACCCAAAGACUUUAAAUGAUAAUUAAAAAAAGAAAAUUUAGAAUAUUGUGGAAAAAGAUUUUGAUAUCUUUUAAUUUUAUAAAGAUAUUUUGUUUUUGAAAAAAGCAGUAAUGAUUUUACUUGAUGAAGACUAAUUAGCUGCUUUGCAACAAGUAGGAUGCUCAGAUUAAUUUUUUGAGUUAGACUUAAAAGAUUUAGAAAAAGAUACAACUAAUUUAGAUAACCUAUGUAACCAUUAUGAAAAGUAAUAUGCUAUUUCAUUAUCAGAUGAACUAAAAAAUCAAUAUCUAAAAAAUUUCUAUGAGAAAUUCCAAAAUAAAAAAAAGCUAACGAAUACAGAUUUAAAAAUUAUGUCCUCUCUUUAGACUAUUUUCAAAAUUUGA